AUGAUCGCAGUCAAUGAGGCGGCCAGCUUCGAUGCCUUCCAAGAUAACCUAAGCACGGCCGUCAUUGCCAGAUUGUCACCAAAGACAGGAAAGGGUGGCAGAAAGAAGGCUAUCAAAGGACGAAAGAAUGAGAUCAAGCCUGUGAUCAGGGUAUCAAGCGAUGCUGCCGAUGGCUUGAAUGAGGGAGACGCUUCCGGACUUGGCGAAUUCAUCGAGUUCUUGGCCGAGGAGAUCUUUGUCUCAUUACCGUCAGAUCUUCGUACAUUGUCGUAUGCCACGACACAGGACGAGUCAUCGCUGAAGGAGAAAUAUGAGGUCCCGCUAGACAGCACCCUCGUCGAAAGUAUCGUCGAGCACCUACCACCACCCAUUGCCGACUCUCUGCAGACAUACGGCCUGAUCGAGGACUCCACUUACCUGGACAAGCUUCUCGAACCCGUCUUGGAGUCCUACAUCACCGCCACGAUCUCGCCACCCCCAGAAUACACCCCAGCCCUAAUAGCCACACGACCCGAUGGCUGCGAGAUCUGUGGCCGUGAACACCUACCUCUGACGUACCACCAUCUAAUUCCCCGGCAAAUGCAUGCUAAGGCGGUCAAGCAAGGCUGGCACAAGGACUGGGAGCUAAAUAGAGUAGCCUGGCUCUGUAGGGCUUGCCAUACAUAUGUUCAUAAGAUUGCUUCCAAUGAGGAGCUGGCUAAGGAGUGGUAUAGUGUUGAACUUCUGACGGAGAGGGAGGAUGUGCAGAAGUGGGCGAAGUGGGUUGGGAAUGUGAGGUGGAAGGCGAGGUAG